AUGUCGGAAACGAUGAGCAAAAACGACGUCGGAUUGACGUCCACGACGUCGAGAAGGUUCUGGCCUCGUUGGAUUCCCACUUCCAUCGAUCAUAUCAUCGCUUCCGAGAAGCGCCUUCUCUCCGUCGUCAAAACCGGUUAUGUUCAAGAGCAUGUUAACAUAGGUUCUGGUCCUCCUGGCUCCAAAGUGAGAUGGUUCCGUUCAGCCAGUAACGAGCCGCGGUUUAUUAACACCGUUACAUUUGACAGUAAACCUGAUUCUCCUACGCUUGUGAUGAUUCAUGGUUAUGCUGCUUCCCAGGGGUUCUUUUUUCGCAAUUUUGAUGUGCUUGCCUCUCGAUUUAGAGUCAUUGCUGUUGAUCAACUUGGAUGGGGUGGAUCAAGCAGACCUGAUUUUACUUGCAAAAGCACUGAAGAAACUGAAGCAUGGUUCAUUGAUUCUUUUGAGGAAUGGAGAAAAGCCAAAAACUUGAGCAAUUUUAUACUACUUGGACAUUCUUUUGGUGGUUAUGUUGCUGCUAAAUAUGCGCUCAAGCACCCUGAGUAUGUACAACACUUGAUUCUGGUUGGAUCUGCUGGAUUUUCAUCAGAAUCAGAUACAAAGUCUGAGUGGGUUACAAGGUUUCGAGCAACAUGGAAGGGAGCAGUUCUGAACCAUCUAUGGGAAUCUAAUUUUACACCUCAAAAACUUGUCAGAGGUUUAGGUCCUUGGGGUCCCAACAUAGUCCGCAGGUAUACAAGUGCUAGGUUUGGUACACAUUCCACUGGUGAAAUACUGACGGAAGAGGAAUCAACAUUGCUGACAGAUUAUGUUUACCACACAUUGGCGGCCAAAGCUAGCGGGGAGCUGUGCUUAAAAUAUAUUUUUUCAUUUGGAGCAUUUGCUAGAAUGCCCCUUCUGCUCAGUGCCUCUGAGUGGAAGGUGCCCACUACUUUCAUGUAUGGUUUCCAAGACUGGAUGAAUUAUCAAGGUGCCCAAGAAGCUCGUAAGCAUAUGAACGUUCCAUGCGAAAUCAUCAGGAUUCCUCGGGCCGGGCACUUUGCGUUCAUUGACAACCCAACUGCCUUCCAUUCAGCUAUUUUUUAUGCUUGUCGAAGAUUUUUUUCACCUGAUCCAGACAAUGAACCUCUUCCUGAAGGGUUAACCUUUGCAUAG